GGGCUCAUUAUGCCAAAAAAAUUGCCACAGAAGAAUCUUGCCUCGAAGAAACUCUCAGUGUUUGCAGAUGACUCUGAUGAAGAGCCAUCUGUUGGUGAAAGUCUUCAGAAAGAGGCAUUGAAAAAACAAGCAAUGAAACAGACUAAAUUGGAGAUUCAGAAGGCUUUGGAAGAAGAUGCUACAGUGUAUGAAUAUGACAGUAUUUAUGAUGAAAUGCAGGAGAAGAAGAAAGAAAGUAAUGCCAGAGUGUUAUCUGGAAACGAUGACAAAAAGCCCAGAUACAUCCACAAUAUCCUCAAAGCAGCUGAGAUUAGAAAGAAAGAGCAAGACAAAAGAAUGGAAAGAAAAAUUCAGAAAGAGCGUGAAAUGGAAGGAGGAGAGUUUGCUCACAAAGAGGCUUUUGUGACUUCAGCCUACAAGAAGAAGCUGGAAGAGAGGGCUGAGGAGGAGGAAAGAGAAAGAAGAGAGGCAGCUAUCGAGGCAUACCUGGAUGUGACCAAACAGAGGGAUCUCAGUGGAUUUUACAGACAUCUUUUAAACCAGAGGGUAGGGGAAGAAGAGAUGCCGAAAUGCAGCUUCCGUGAAGCCAGGAUAAAGGAAGAAAAAUCUGACAGUUGUGAUGAAUCCAACCAAAGGAACACAUGCUCAUAUGAAAGGCAAAGACUGAAGCCCUCUGCUAAGAAAGAGGAUAAUCCAGAUGCUGAUAGUGACUUGGGAACUGAUAGUAGUGAUGAUGAUAAGAGACACAAAAAUAGUAAAGUAAAUUUGAAAAAUAAGAAAAAGAGAGAGAGCUCUGUGAGCAGUGAAGAGGAGGCUAAACAUCACAAGAGCCAGAGGCAUUCCAGGUCACCAAGCUCAUCCAGUGUGGAGGAAGAGCUGCGCACAAAAGCCCCAACAAAUCAUCUUACAAAGAAGGGAGAGAGCAGAUCAAGCAGAAGGGGAAAUGAUGAACAAUACAGGGAAAAAGAUUAUGAGAGAAGUAGGACCCACGAAAAGGAUCACCAAAGGGAAAAGGAAGAGCGACAUAGAUAUGGGGAUCAUACUAAUAAAGAUAAUUACAGAAGGAGGGAAGAGCAAGAUGAUAAACAAAGGGGGAAGGAAAGAAAAGAGAGGGAAGGACGUGGCAGAGAGUGGAGGAAGGCAAAGGAGAGAGAAGAGAAGGGCUCAGAAAAGGAACGAGAGAAAGAAAGAAUAAGAAAUGGUAAAGAUAGAUACAGUGACAGAGAGAAGGAGAGCGGAGAGAAAUACAGAGAAAAGGACGAUCGUGGGAAAGAGAGGAGAGAGAAAUAUGGUAGUGAUGAAAAGAAAUACAGAGAAGGGAGGGAAAGUAGUCCUAUGUAUUUAGAAAAAGAUGGGGAGGCUGAUCUGGGAAAAGAGAGAGAGGUGGAUGAGAAGAGAAAAUCCAGCUCUAGAAUUUUGUCUGAGCAGAAACGUAAAGCUGGAGAAGAAGGGGAGAAAGAGGAGAAAGAAGCAACAUCUAAAGCAUCUGAGAGCAUGAGUAAAUUUGCCAAACGGAGCAAUGAAGAGACAGUCAUGUCGGCACGGGACCGCUAUUUGGCAAGGCAGAUGGCACGUGUCGGUACUAAAUCUUACAUUGAGAAGGAAGAAGAUUAA